AAAAAAUAACUCAACCGCAAAGCACCAACUCAAGUCUGUGCCAAAUUAAGUAGUUGGCUGUUCUGUGUUAAUCAUGUCAUCAUCAAACGGUGGUGUUCCGCCGGGGUUCCGGUUUCACCCCACUGAUGAAGAGCUUCUUCAUUACUACUUGAAGAAGAAGAUUUCAUUUGAAAAGUUUGACAUGGAUGUCAUUAGGGAAGUCGACUUGAACAAGAUUGAGCCAUGGGACCUCCAAGAGAGAUGCAAGAUAGGUUCAUCACCGGAAAACGAGUGGUACUUCUUCAGCCACAAGGAUAAAAAGUAUCCGACAGGGUCGAGGACAAAUAGAGCAACAAAUGCUGGAUUCUGGAAGGCAACUGGACGAGACAAAUGUAUCCGUAACACCUUCAAGAAGAUUGGUAUGAGGAAGACCCUAGUUUUCUAUCGAGGCCGAGCUCCCCAUGGGCAAAAGACUGAUUGGAUCAUGCACGAGUAUCGCCUUGAAGAUACUGAUGAUCAUCAUGAACCCCUCAAUUCCAUUCCAACUUCUUCACCUGAAGAUGGGUGGGUGAUUUGUCGUGUUUUCAAAAAGAGAAACUUAUUCAAGGUUGGUGCAAACGAAGCAUCGAGUGGUAGUAUCGGGUCAGAACGACUCAACAACAACCAGUUUCAACCUCGUUCUUUACCAUACGCUCAGGACAAUAAUCAUUUUUUGCAAUAUCAACAAACACAUCAACAACAACAAAACUUCGACUUAGGCCUCAACUACAAUCAUCAACACCCUCACCUUAUCCCUACCCACAAGCCUCUUGGAUAUGGUUUCUUGAAUUUACCCUCAGAAGAUUCUCCACUUAUGGUUAGACAACUUAUGACAAACCCUAGAGAAUGCGAUAGUGGAAGCUGUGAGAACCAGCUCGAUGUAGGGUACCAAGCUUGUGAGCCUGGUCUAGAGGUUGACACCUGUGAACAGGUUCAAAUCAUGGUUAAUACGAAUGUAAGAGAAGAGACAGUAAACGGAUGGGGAAUGGUUGAUAGGCUUGUAACUUCGCAUAUUGGUCAACCUAACGAGGAUGUCAAUUCGACGAAAGGGAUGUUGAGGUAUCGAGAUGAUACAUCGUCGUCUCUAUCUAUGCAACAUGUCAACCAACUCUCAUUGCGAGGAGAGAUGGACUUUUGGGGAUAUGAAAAGUAGCUCCAUGAGAAUGUGCUAUGUUGAUUUUAUUCAAAACAAUUACAUUUAUAUUGAACAAAGGAUGGUUUGGAGCGAAGAUGGCUCUUAACCAUUGAA